GGAAAACGUGUGAGGACUGAAAAUGUUUAUUUAACACAGAUCAUUGGAACAUAAUAUAUACUUAAUUUACCUUUUCUAUUUUAUCAUGAUUAUGGCAGGUGAGGCUCUGCCUCACUUGCCUCACCUGACCACACGUCACUGUGGAAGACAGUCUUCAGUUCUUGAGAAUCAUCCUUCAGGUGUGUCUCCCCGGCCCCGCCCCCAUCUGCGCAUAUUUUAUGCUAAUGAGCAGGUGCGGCGCCUCUUCAGGCGCGCGCCGGCGGCCCGCGGAGCAGAUGCACCGGAUGGAGGCCAGCAGGCGGCCGCGGGAGCUCAACCGGAGGGUCUUCAGCAGGUGAUGCUGUCGGUGCUGCGGAUGGAUCGCCGGUUCGGACGGAUUGGGCCUUUUCGCUGCUGCGUGACUGCGUGGCUCAUCCUCGUCAGUCACGCGCAUCUGUGCUGCUCUGCUGACAGAGAAAACCUCUCUGACUGGAGAAGCAGCGGGAGCAGCAGGAGAAAACAGGAGAAAUGGGACACCACUUCCCAGGGAGGGCAGACAGCCUUUGUUCUGCCGGACAUCAACACAACUGCCCCCAGUCAAUCACUGGUCGGUUGGAUUCCUGUGUCCAACCUGACGUCCUCCACAGAUGAAAGGACAGAAAAUGCCUCAUGGACCGACAGCUCUGAUUCGUCAACUGUUACCAACAUACCCACAUCGACGGCUAGCCAAAAACUACACAGCACUACAAAAAACAGUACAUCGCAGAUUAGGGCGUCAUCAGCCAGGACUACACCAUCCAAAAAGCCUCAGACCAACCCAGUAACUUUCCCUGACCAACAUCACAAAAAAUCCUUAGUCAGUGCAACACAAACCAAACUAGGACGUCCUGCAAUGGUGUCUACUCCAUCCUCUUCUAGGGCUGUACAGUACACCCAAUCAAAGACCAGUCCUGUACUUCACACCCAAAAAGGAACAACCACAGCUUCAAAAACUGCACAAGAACCUGGACAGUCACCAACCACCAAAAAGCAAGCACACGAUAAAAAAGGACAGAGUAUCGUAGAAACAACAAAUCAUUCCCAAACCAACAAAACAUCAAUCAGCCGGUCACCAAACAAGACAAUGCUCCAGAGUCCACAACCACCCAUCACUACAUGGCAGACCGAGCCACUGCAGUCCAGCAACACGGCAACAACCACAGAAACGCCCGUCCAAUUAUCAAGUACUGUUGCAUCACUCAGUCAAGUUAACGGUGUCAUCAGGCAUCUGUCAGUCCCAAACAGCACACCACCAGCCAGCCAGGUACAUGGUAGAAUGACACAAGCCAGCCCGUUCCCAGAUCCAGACCCAUCCACCCAGACUGAAAUGGCAAACCAGCAAUCUAAAGGCUCAGCAUCACAUACUUCACUGACAGCUAAGACAGUCCAUCAAUCGCAAGUUAACCUCUCACCAGUAACCACAAAACCAGCAGACACAUCGCAAGAUAUCAUUCUACCUCCAGUUGGGUCUGUAACAGAGACGAAACCACUGAACCAAUCACUUGAUGCCAAGAAAUCUGACAGCCAAUCACCAAAAAGCUCAGAGGCACCUGAAAAACUAUCAGGCAGUUCCUCAACAGAGAAGCCGGCCAGAAACUCUGCAAUUAGAACGCCACAAACUACGCAGUCACUGCCAAACACUGCACAAUCGGGACAGUCACCAAUAAGUAGAGAAUCUUUUGAUCAAUUUCAAAGCAUCACAGCUGCUCCCUACACCUCAACUGCAAAAUCAAGACAAGGUUUAUUUGACAGAAAUCUCUUACAAACAUCCUUAAAAACAUCAGCACUCAGGCCUUCAGGACUGGCUGAUGAACCAAUACAUACGCCACAACCUUCUGGUCCCAACGCACCAAGCAUGACGGCUACCAAUCAGUCACCAUCUACUUCUGGAACCAUUGAUCGAUCACAGAAUAGCUCAACACAGUCAACACCUGCUCUAGAACCCACAGCAAACCGAGCUUUUCCACCAGAGCAGCCUCCCGCUAAUGUUUCAGUUCUCACCAAGCAGACCAAGGAGGCCCUGGGAUCAUCCAGACGCAGAAUUUCAGGAGAGUCAUGUGAUUUUCCCUGUCUCAAUGGAGGACAGUGUGUUCAGCAGUCAUGUGACUGCAGCUUGUAUCACGCCACUGGACUCAGGUGUCAGACAGUCGUAAAUCUGGGCUUUGAGAGGGAGAUGACAUGUCGGACGUGGGGCCAAUACAACUUUGAGACCUUUGACGGCCUCUACUAUUACUUCCCCGGUCGGUGCUCGUACACCUUAUUGAAGGACUGUGGGGAAACCACACAGGGCGGGCUGGUCGUCCAGGUGCACAAUGAUCCAGAGUGCAGCUCCGCCCCCUACACCUGCCAGCGCUCCGUCAGCAUCUUCCUGCCAUGGGAGGGCGAGAUCCGUCUGCACGCUUCCAACGUUACUUUCAAAGGGCGAAGGCUGCAGCUGCCCCACCACCUCCACCACCUGCAGCUGGAGCAGAUCUCCCAGUACGUGCUGGUGACGCAGCAGCAGGGCUUCACGCUGGCGUGGGAGGGGCGCACCGGCUCCGUCUACAUCAAACUCAGCCCCGACUUUGUGGGCGGGACCUGCGGCUUGUGCGGCAACUUUAACGCAGAAGUCCAGGACGACAUGACCACGAGUUACGGUCUUCUGACUCACGACGUAGAAAUGUUUGGGAACAGCUGGAUGGAGAUGGAUCCUCAUCAGAACACAUGUCCUCCGGUUGGCUCCUCUUUCCCGUCUCCCUGUAAUGCUUUGGACGUUCAAGUCUUGAUGAGAGUGGAGGAGGUCUGCUCCAUGCUCCUCAGCCCCCCCUUUCAGAGCUGUCACGACUUUGUCAGCCCGUUGCCCUACAUGGCCAGUUGCUCCAACGACCUCUGCAGGUCCGGUCCCAGCGGUGAUGUGGUAUGCCAGGUGCUCAGCGAGUACGCGCGGGCCUGCGCCCACGCCGACCACCCGCUGCUCGACUGGAGGCGGGACAUUCCUCAGUGUGUGCCGCCGUGUCCGGCGGGGCUGCAGUACCGGGAAUGCAUCAGCUGCUGCCCGGCGACCUGCAGCCUGGAGCGCACGUGCAUCGACAGCCGGCUGGCCUGUUUGGACGGCUGCUACUGUCCUGACGGGCUGAUUUUUCAGGACGGGGGCUGCGUGGAGGCGUCAGACUGCCCGUGCGAGCACCACGGCGUGUUUUAUCCUGCUGGACAGAUGCUGCAGGAGGAAUGCAACAACUGCACAUGUGUGGGAGGAGUGUGGAACUGCACUGACCACAGCUGCCCAGGCGAGUGCUCGGUGACAGGCGACAUGUUUUUCCAGUCCUUUGACGGGCGGAUCUUUACUUUCCCUGCAUCGUGUCAGUACGUCCUGGUCAAAAGUCGCCUUUCAGGAAAAUUCACCGUCACCAUCCAGAACGCCCCCUGUGGGCCGGAUUUGGAUGGGGCGUGCAUCCAAUCAGUUAGCCUGGUCGUUGACGAGGAUCCAAGAACAGAGAUGACUCUGAGCCACAUGGGAGAGGUCUUCAUGGCCGGACAGUACCGCAUCUCGCUGCCCUACUAUGACGAUGUCUUCCACAUCCAGGAGCUGUCCUCCAUGUUCCUCCAGGUGAGGACGGCGUUCGGCCUGCAGCUGCAGUACAGCUGGGCGGAGUUCCGCCUCUACCUGCAGGCGGAAGAGCGGUGGAAGGACGACACGGUGGGGCUGUGCGGAACCUUCAACGGCAACAUUCAAGAUGACUUCCUGUCCCCAUCAGGAAUGAUAGAAAGCACCCCACAGCUGUUCGGGAACAGCUGGAAGGUCUCGUCUGCUUGUUCGUCCAGUCUGAGCGUCUCUCCCAUCGACCCCUGUGACAGCCACCAGCAGGCAGUGAGCUACGCCUCGUCGAUGUGUGAUGUGCUGAAUCAGGACCUGUUCGCCGCCUGUCAUGACUACCUCAGCCCCGCCCCCUUCCAUCAGCAGUGCCGGGCAAACACCUGCAGGUGUGGGACGCCCUGCCUUUGCUCCACGCUGGCUCACUACGCUCGACACUGCCGCAAAUUCUCCGUCAUCGUUGACUUUCGAUCCCACAUUCCUGACUGUGCCGUCAGCUGCCCUGCCACCAUGGAGUAUAGCAGCUGUGUGUCCUCCUGCCAGCGGCGGUGCUCCUCCCUCGCCGCCCUGCAGCGCUGUGGCGAGGAGUGUGAGGAGGGGUGCGCGUGCCCUCAAGGAUCCUUCUACAACCACAGAACACACACCUGUGUUCACAGGAGCCAGUGUCCAUGCAGUUUGUUUGGAGCCGACUAUGAACCAGGAGAUGUGAUGGUGACGUCUGCAGGUGUUAGACUCUGCCUGAACGGUAAACUGGUGUCCCAAAGCCCGGACUCUGAGAGGUUGUGUCCAGCAGGUCAGCUCUACCAGAACUGCUCGGAUGGAGAUGACGCCUUCCUGCCAGGAAGAGGUGUGGCCUGCGAGCGCACCUGUGAGUCUCACCUGCUCAACAUCCCCUGCUCCUCCCACGAUUCCUGUGUGUCCGGAUGCGUCUGCCCCCACGGUCUACUGAAACAUGGCGACGAGUGCUUUGAACCUGCAGCAUGCCCCUGCCUUUGGAAAGGAAAGGAAUAUUUCCCCGGUGACAGAGUGUCCUCCCCUUGCUACCAGUGUGCCUGCCAGGAUGGGACGUUCCAGUGUGCGUUUCGUCCGUGUCCGUCCAUGUGCACGGCUUACGGGGAUCGCCACUACCGGACGUUUGAUGGACUGCUGUUCGACUAUGUUGGUGCCUGCAAAGUUUAUCUUGUAAAGAGCAGUGCCGAUGCCGUGUUCAGUGUCACGGCGGAGAACGUGGACUGUUUCGACACCGGCGUCAUCUGCAAGAAAUAUCUGCUGAUCAAUGUCGGGGCGUCUCUGCUGUCGUUGGACGACCACAUGGGAAAACCAAAUCCGUCCAGUGUGAUUGACAGGAAUCAGAGGCUGUUCAUUUGGCAGGCCGGACUCUUCACGGUGGUUCAUUUCCCAGAGGAGGACAUCACCGUCCUUUGGGACCACAAGACCACGGUUCACGUUCAGGUUGGACCUCACUGGCAGGGACGGCUGAGCGGGCUGUGUGGAAACUUCGAUCUGAAGACGGUGAAUGAGAUGAGGACUCCGGAGAACAUGGACUCUCCCACGCCACAGGAGUUUGGGAACAGCUGGACCGCGACUGAGUGUGUCAACAGUCCGGACAUCAGACACCCCUGCAGUCUGAACCCCCUCAGAGAGCCUUAUGCCAAGCAUCAGUGUGCCGUUCUUCUCAGUGAAGUCUUCCAAACCUGCCACCCAGUGGUGGAUGUCAGCUGGUUCUACGAGAACUGCCUCGCAGACACGUGCGCCUGCAGCCGUGGGGGCGACUGCGAGUGCUUCUGCAGCAGCGUGGCGGCGUACGCCCAGCGCUGCUGCCAUGAGGGCGUGCCUGUCGAUUGGCGUUCUCCUUCUCUUUGUCCUCAUGAUUGUGAGUUCUACAACAAAGUUCUGGGAAAAGGCCCCAUCCAGCUGUUGACGCUCAGAGAUCCCACCGCUGUGGUGGCGGCCAGCAGGUCCGGCGGCCUGGUGUUCCUGCAGCAAGCCAACACCAGCGCCCCUGCCGCCGCCGCCGCCGUCUUCUCCCAGUUCAUGAUGACUCCAGGCCUCAGCAAAGCUCGGCGACACGAUUCCUCCCGGGUCUCCUUUGAAGCGGCAGAAAGACCCAACUACUUCCUGCAUGCGAGUCAGACUGGACAAAUGAGGCUGGCCAAGUGGGAGAACAGUGAGAGGUUCUGGACCGGAGCCACAUUCAUCAUCCGCAGGAACACCUGGAUCCCGGGUUUCGACUCCUUUGAAUCCCAAGCUAAAGCCGGUUUCUUCCUUCACGCCAAGCCGUCACGGGUCCACCUGCUGAAGUACAAAGCCACGGAGAGCUUCCGCAGGGCCACGCUGUUCCGACUGGCUGGUCCUGGUCCAGACAGCCAACCUGGUCCUCGGUGUCAGUGGAGGUACGAUGCUUGUGUCCGCCCCUGCUUCAGGACCUGCAGCGACCCGUCGGCUGAAGCUUGCACCGGGAUCCCACAAGUGGAGGGCUGCCUUCCUUUCUGCCCCCCACAUAUGGUCCUGGACGAGGUUACCCAUCGGUGCGUCUAUAUGGAAGACUGCUUUGAGAUUCCAGCUGGCCAUGUGCCCACGACACCACCGGCUGCAGCCUUCUCUGCUCGUACCAGCCCAGGAACAUCUACUUCCACCUCUUCCAUGAAGACCACCAUCUAUACCACCAAGCCCAGCUCCCAGCCUGACACCGUCACAACCUCUAAAGCUUAUGGACCUUUCAGUACAAAGGAGUCUCCGCUUUCUCCAAUCAGACACCCAACUGCGGUGGAACCACUCUCUAGUGUGGUCGUGACUGAACAUCUGUCUGCCACUUCAUCAAAUACAACAACAAUCAGAUCACCAAGCACCACAGUUAGCCCAUUUACCCCCUCUAGAACCAUGACAACUGCUACAACUUCAACUACAACCACAGCAGUACCCUUCAGAACUUCAGUGGGGGGUUUGACCAUGAGUAGCAUUUCUACUGAAGUAUAUACAGAAGACAACAUCACAGAAACAACGGUAGGAGCCUAUCAGGUGGGAAAAUCUUCCACCCCAGUUCUUGCUACAGUCUCAGAGCUUUCUAUACACAAGGCAACUGUUCCCGGUACAGAUGUCACUGUAGAUACAGGAACCAGCACCAAAUCUACAACUGUAAAGGAACUACCCACAACGCCACCUGCCAUUCUGCCUGGUGUACCCAGUGAAGCAUCCACAACAUCUGGAUCAGUUUCACCUCUUGCAGAAAGAAAAACUAUAUUCAUGCCAACAUUGCCUUCAGAAGAGAAAAUACAGUCAGUCACACCAGUGAUACCAUUCAAUACCAAUAAAACAACACAGCAAACAUUACCUACAGACCUCUAUUUGGUGAACUUUACCACAACCACAAUUCCCAAGCUACUUCCCACAAAUUCCACCCACAUCAAACCUGCUUCAAUGGCUGCCUCAUCCAUCACUACAAACUUGAAAACAACAAGGGAAGUGACCAUAACAGAACUCCCAGAAUCUAAAAUUUCUGGAGUUUCCACAAAAGCAGCAUCUCCUCUUUCAAGGAUUACGCACACAACAUAUCCUGCCUCCUCUGUAUUCUGGCAUGGAGCUGCCCGAGUGACUGACAAAACACCCACAAGUGGUGUGACCUCUAGACCCCUAGUUGUUCCUGAGAGUUUCAACAUGUCCACAAAUCUUUUCACCACACAGUCUACCACAAUAUCAGUGUCUCCUACAGAAACAACCGCUACACCAUUGUCAGAAACAACAGAAAGCUCUACCUCUCCUGUCACUACUGAUCAAACUGCCAAGCCAUGGCAUCCUCCCCAUAGAGAAACCUCCUUUACCACCGUCUACAAACCCACUGUGAAGGCACCAUCAGAGGUCUCUUCAGAAAGUGUGGUUACCUCCACUACAGUCCCUCAACCUCCAGUCACACCUACAACAAUUCUUACCUCUUCCACAGGCAGAACAACCCAAACUACAACAUCAGAAACUCCAACUGCAGAAAGGGGAGCCACUACAACCAGGAAACUGGUUACCACACAACCGAUGCCUGGUACUAUUAAGAGCCCCCAGACCACAGCUUCAACAACCCUACUACCACCCACUGUUGUCAGCACUACACUCAGGCCUGUAGUUGCCCAAAGAAUUACAGAAGUAUCACAUGCUGAAACAGGAAGACUGCAGUUCACAACCAAAGAUACAACUCCUCCUCCUCCACCUGUCUAUCCUCUGUCAACAAGAAUCUCAGACGUAGCUAAAAGCCCAACUACUAUCCAGGACACAGUCAUUACUCUGCUAGUGUCCACACCAAAAUCUGAACCCACUACAAUACCUGACACCACCAAACAGACAACCACCUCCAGGACAACAGCCAGUGUACCUGUAGCCACAAAAGUUACCUCGAAUAUUACAUCAACUGGCAGGUCAACCAUCAGACCCACCACUGCCAGUUUUAUCACAAGAACAAAGCCAUCAGGAGAAACCACUACAUCAACCACAGUUGGACCAUCAACAGUGGUACCAAGUCACAGCCCCGCUAUCACGUCUAGAGUGUCACCUGCAGCUGUAGUCAAUGCAACAACACAUAGCAGUACAACAGAUCUUCACCUAACCACUAUAGUUGCCUCAGAUCCCAACAAUGUGCCAGGCCCCUCAUCUACUUCUACCCCCAUAGUAACCACUAGUGAGCUCACUUCAUCUGGGAGAGUCUCCCCAGCCAAAGAAGCUUCUGUGUCCCUUUCAAAAGUGCUCACACCUACACUAAUUUCUGAGAUUUCUGGUUCCAAUACGACUUUAGCUCCAUCUGACCCCACAGACAAAACAACAGCAGCUCUUGGAGUCACUAGUCCCAGUAUAGUUGUGCCUUCAGCACCUGCAGGAGCAACCAGUUAUAAACCAGAGGAUACAACACCUUUAACUGUACCACCUUCAAGGAUGUGCACUCCUCCAUAUGUGGAGAUUGUGGAUGAGUGCACCAAGUACAUCUGCGUCAAGAACCAGCUUGUCCUGUUCAACAAGUCCCAGAGCUGCCCUUUCUCAGCUGAACCGCCAAAUUGUGGCUUGCUCGGUUUCGCAGUUUUAGUCAAUGGAGACAAAUGCUGCCCUAAAUGGGACUGUCCAUGUCGAUGCUCAAUGUUUCCUGAUCUAAAUGUGAUCACAUUCGAUGGGAACAGUGUUGCCAUCUACAAGGCGGCCCUGUACAUAGUUACCCAGCUGCCCAAUGAAACUGUUACUGUGAUGGUACAGGAGUGUCCUGCUGACUCAGAGUCUCUGCUUCUCUGGAACUUCACCAACCUGUGUCUGGUGUCACUUAACAUCACUCACCAAUCCAACCAUGUGCUCAUCAACAGGCUGCAAAGAAGGCUCUACGUCAACACGCGGUACGCUAAAGCCCGUUUCAAGAAGUAUGGCUUUGAGAUAUACGACACAGGAAACAUGUACCUGAUCCGAAGCCCGGCUGGCCUCAAGCUACAGUGGUACCACAGCACCGGCAUGAUGGUGAUCGAGACAGACAGCAAGGUUCCAACAAUGGGCCUCUGUGGUGUCUGCGAUGGAGACCCAACAGAUGACCUCACCCUUCCCAACGGUUCCGUGCUGGGAGCAGGUGAAGAUCCAGCUCUAUUCAUUGACAGCUGGCAGGUCUCCAACACCACCAGCUACAUCAGCCAAAGCCGUCGACGGGACCUCAACUGCUCCACCAGUGACUGCUCCACCUGCUUGUCCAUGCUGGAGAACGCCACGUUUACAGCCUGCCACGCCUUUGUGCCUCCCAGCACCUUUUGUGAGGUUUGGGUGCGAGACUCUGAGUACGUUAAUAACCAGUGUGUGGCUCUGGCUGCAUAUGUGGCAUCUUGUCAUAAGUUCAACAUCUGCAUUGAAUGGAGGAGACCGAACUACUGCCCCUUCAUAUGUGCCGCCACACUUCGGUACCAGGCGUGUCUGCCGGCAUGCACCUCUCAGUCUUGCCCGAAUCACGACUUCGAUGCAGAUCCAGAGCAGUGCUCAGGCUUGACUGAAGGCUGCGUCUGUCCUGAGGGAACCCUCCUCCAUCGACAGUACUCUGCACUCUGCAUCCCCCCUGAGAAAUGCGCCUGCACAGACAGUGCUGGUGUUCCCCGCGCCAAUGGUGAGGUCUGGAAAGCCUCCCGGGACGGCUGCUGCAUGUACCGCUGCGACAAUGACACCAUCCUGCCCGUGCAGGACGACUGCUCCCGUUUGCCUCAGCCUGUGUGCCAGCGGGCUGGAGAGAUGAUCAUCAGCAUGGCCCACGAGUCCAGCUGCUGUCCACAUAAAGUCUGCCUGUGUAACCAGAGCCUGUGUGACCAGGUGCCCCCCAUCUGUAAAUAUGGGGAGAAGCUGGUGUCGUACCACAGGGAGGACUCCUGCUGUCCAGACUAUGUUUGUGAGUGUGAUGCUGGACUCUGCGUGGCAAACAUCCCCACCUGCAGAGAGGAUCAGACCCUCGUUGCCACCAGAGCGGACGGCAGCUGCUGUGUGGCUCAUAUCUGCAUGUGCUCCUCCUGUUUGCUCACGGCCCCUGUCUGUCAGGACGGCGAGGUGAUUGCUGUCAACAACGCCACCACAGAUCGCUGCUGCCCCGUUUACCAGUGUGUGUGUGAGCCCUACAGGUGUCCUCAGCUCAGCUGUCCUCUGGGGAUGUCGGUGGUGGCCAUGUCCACUCCGAACCGCUGCUGUCCAAAGCAGACUUGUGAAUGUGCCUGUGAGAAGAUCCCUUUCCCAAACUGCCGCCUGGGGGAAACUGCUCAACUGGACCAGGCAUUUUUGUUUGACCUGCAGAACCCGUGUUCCUGUAAAAGAUACAGGUGUGUGCGCGAGGAAGUCUGCGUGUUUGGUGAUCGCAGUGUUCUGCAGCCAGGCCAGACUCUGCUGGAGCACAGAGACGGGGGUCUGUGCAUCACCAGGCAGUGCAGCCACGCCCGUGACCCGGCCAGCGGCUUCUACCUGCUCCAGACAUCCAGUGUCAACUGCUCCGCCCACUGCCAAGCAAAUCAGAUCUAUGUGCCUCCCAAAGACCAGUCAACUUGCUGUGGAGUCUGCAAGAACAUUUCCUGCCUCUACCAACAUGAAAAUGGAACCACAAGUCUCUACAAGCCAGGACGGUCCUGGGCUUCAAACUGCAUGAAGUUUGACUGCAGCGACACUCAGUUUGGACCGACGCUCAUCACCUAUGCCUUUAGCUGCCCCCCCUUCAAUGAGACGGAGUGCAUGAAGAUUGGUGGAACCGUCGUAAAUUACAUGGACGGAUGCUGCAAGACGUGUACUGGAUUCCACCUGUUCCCUUUCCCUGUUAGCACAGUGACCCCCACAGUAAACACAAACUGCGAAAGAGGCAAAGAGGACGGAAAGUCUUGUCAGAAGGUGACGGUGCGGAUGACGAUCAGGAAAAACGACUGUCGCAGCAACAGACCAGUGAACAUUGUGUCGUGCGAUGGAAAGUGCCCGUCAGCGAGCAUCUACAACUAUAACAUCAACACGUACGCUCGCUUCUGCAAGUGCUGCAGGGAGACGGGGCUGCAGCGGCGCUCCGUGCAGCUCUACUGCAGCAGCAACGCCACCUGGGUCACCUACUCCAUCCAGGAGCCCACCGACUGCUCCUGCCAGUGGUCCUGACCCGCAGCCGGCCCAGGACACGCACACGCAGGCACCAACACACACGGAAGAGGACGUCGGAGCCGUGGUGCUCCUGGGACUCGGGAGGUCGGGACAGACUGACCGUUAAUGUGGGAGGGGUUCUGCUGUCAGCUCGUCAUCAUCACCGCAGGGGGAGCUGCUGCAGUUUCAGCCACAGGACGCAGCAGCUCAAAAUGUUUCACGGUUUCAGUGAAAAAACUAAUUUCCCUGAAAGUCAGUGAGCUCUUCUCUGUUUCUGUACAAUUCUUAUGGUGUGUUGAACAGCAGUCAGAUACAAUAAAGGCAUCUGCAAAUCCUUAA